AACAAACAUUACUUGCGUUUUAAGGCGGAUCUACCCUAAUGGUUUAAGAGUUAUAUAAGCUCGUUUUGGUUAUCUACAUGAAAUGAGAGAGAGAGAGAGAGAGACUUCAACGGCGGGAAAGCUUUAAGACAGCAGUUUUUCAGGAGAAUGUCUCCUUUCUUUUGCUGGCUCCUUCUCUAUUUUUGCCAUCUCUGUAACCUGAGAGAGACAGAGAUCAUCUUCUUGUCACCUCCAUUCUUUUUUCCCUGGCUGUUUCAUCUUUAUUUCUUCUGUGAUUUGGUAAUGAUGGCAUUGCUCUUUGAUAGGAUUUCUCAUUUGAGAUAAUUGAUUUUCUUGAUAAGAGUGGGAAGUUUUUUGCCAACAAUGGGGAGCAAGAUGAAGGAAGACGAGCGAACUGAAAAGGCUAUCAGGAGUUUGCUGAAGCUUCCCGAGAACCGAAGAUGCAUCAACUGCAACAGUCUGGGUCCACAAUAUGUCUGCUCAACGUUCUGGACUUUUGUCUGCAUCAACUGCAGCGGAAUCCAUCGAGAGUUUACUCAUCGAGUGAAAUCUAUAUCAAUGGCCAAGUUCACAGCAGAAGAAGUUAGUGCACUUCGUGUAGGAGGAAACGAGCGAGCCAGACAAAUUUACUUUAAAGAAUGGGAUACUCAGCGUGAUGCUUACCCUGAUGCCAGUAAUAUCUUCAAGCUCAGGGACUUUAUCAGAAGUGUCUAUGUGGAUAAAAGAUACAGUACUGAGAGCAAUGACAAGAUCUCACAGCAAAAACCGGCUGUGACUGAGGAUUACAAGGAAAGCAAGAAGGCCAGUGCAAACUUCUUGGGAUCUAGAAGCUUUCACUCUGUUGAUAAACCUGAAAUAAAGAGUGGAAACAGAUCUCUUAAGUAUUAUUUUGAAGACAAGGAACCUAAACAACAACAACAACAACUUGUUACACAUAACCCAAAGUCUAGAGCCUUACCAAAGAGUCCUAUCCGCUUUGAGAUUGUUGACGAUAGGUACAGAGACGAUGGAAGUGUUAAGAGAUACGAUGCACGUAGAGAGACCAGAGGAAGCUCCAAAUCACUAGACCUCUCUAACAACAAGGAAACUUCCGGUUUGCCCAUUGUACGCCAUGCAAGUGAACUCAUAGGAGAGAAUCAUCCUCGUUUGCGCGUAGAAAAGAUUGUCAAAGUUGAGAAAAAGAAGGAUCCAGUGAACAAUCAGUUGGCUGCAUCAUCUAGUAAAAUGGAGAGUCCUGGAAGUUUAAUUGAUGAUGUACCUUCUCAAAAGGCCAUUGAGGGUCCAGCUCCUAACUCUUUGGAAGCUUUGUUGUUUGGAUACUCUGAUCCUUCUGAGGACAAUCAGCCUUCAGCUAACCUUGAGACCCAGGAGGUGCCAAGAACACAGGACAGUGUUACCUCUGUUGUCACAGCACCUACAAUCUCGCACGCCGGUUCUUUAGAGCUAGCUCUUCUACCUGAUGCUGCUGAUAACUUAAAUACAAAAGAUAUGGUUACAACAAGUGCAGCAGAAAAUAACCAGGUGGAGUCAUCUACACUACCUAAGGAACCAUCAGAUACCUCUAUGGAACAAUCAACACUAGCUAUCACAAAUUAUGCUUAUGGAGAUCAUCAAGAAGAGACAAAAUCUAGUGUAAGAAGUGCACUUCCUGAGGACCUUUUCUCUGGAGGCUUCUCAUUUGCCUCUCCGCAAGUUCAUGCUCAACAUCAUGGCAUGGGAUAUGGCAUGCAAUAUUAUCAAUAUCCUAUGGCUACUGGAGCCUUUCCAUACACGGCAAAACCAUCAUCAAAUCCCUUUGAUGUCAGUUAUGAUGAUACAUGUCCAAACCAAACACCACAAUAUCCUUCAAUGGAAUACACACAAGGAGGAGGCUUGCCUCUUGUGUCAGUUCCAAGAGGUGCUUCAGAUUCAUCAAGCAUGGCUGCAGAUUCGUUUGGACUAAUGAUGACCUCUCAGUCUCCUUUUUACGCACCAGGUGCAUACGCAGGGCAGCAACCACAUGAAAACAUGCCCCCAUCUUUCAGAAGGCAAGAGAUGAAUAGCAUGGGUAAUGCAGAAGCUACUUACAACGGUGCACACUCAUAUCAUCAAGCAAACUUUAAUGGAUAUCCUUCUGCAAACCCAAAUGCUUAUGUUUCUAGAGGAAAUCCCUUUGACUGAGAAAGCGUAACGUCUGAGUUGAUUGGGAGCAUUUUAAUGGAAACUGAAUGAGAUAUAACCGUUACGAUUUGACUCACAAAAGCUUGAAUGCUACAAUACUCUUUCAAAACUAUCCAUUAAUUGCUUAUUGGUCAAAUGUAUAUUUAAUGUGGGAAAUUUUUACUUGUAAUCGUUCAAAAGAUUAUAUAUAUUAUGGAAUUUAUCGAUAAAACUUG